ACGUGAUCAAAUCAUGUGAUUGCAUUAUCGUAAGGACUGAACAGAUAUUGAAAACAUACAAUAAUUAAUAAAUAUCAAACCGAUCAAACUAGCAAAUUUCUUAGAUAAUUGUACAAAUCCUUAACUUUUAUUCUUUUGCUGUAACGAUAAGAAUGGCGCAUUUAGGAAUAAAAGGAAAACUGUUGGCAGUAAUAGGUGAUGAAGAUACAUGUACUGGAUUCUUAUUGGGAGGAGUUGGGGAGUUGAACAAGCAUCGGCAUCCAAAUUUCCUUGUAGUUAGUAAGAAUACUCCUGUGUCAGAAAUAGAAGACUCCUUCAAAGCCUUCCUAAGUCGUACUGAUAUAGCAAUUAUACUUAUAAAUCAACACAUUGCAGAAUUAAUAAGACAUCAGUUAGAUGCACAUGUUAAACCAACACCUGCCGUUUUGGAAAUUCCAUCAAAGGAUCAUCCAUACGACGCUUCAAAAGAUUCCAUUCUUCUUAGAGCCAAGGGAAUGUUUAGCGCCGAUGACUUUAAAUGA